AGAAAAGAGGAAGAGGAGGAGGCGUCGGUCGGAGAGGUGAAGGCGUCCCCCAACGCAGACACCACCAUCCUCUUCGUCAAAGGAGACGACUUCCCUGCCAACGAAAUCGUGAAGUUCCUGCUCGGUUUCUCCAACAAAGGACCGGAGAACUUCGUGGUGGAGUCUCUGGACGCCUCCUUCCGUUACCCACAGGAUUACCAGUUCUACAUCCAGAACUUCACGGCGCUGCAGCUCGGCAUCGAGGUUCCCGCCAGCCGGCAGGCCACCUUCGAGUACUCCUUCAUCCCCGCCGAGCCCAUGGGGGGGCGGCCCUUCGGCCUGGUCAUCAACCUCAACUACAAGGACGCCAACGGGAACAUCUUCCAGGACGCCGUGUUCAACCAGACGGUCACCAUCACGGAGCGCGAGGACGGACUGGACGGAGAGACCAUCUUCCUCUACGUCUUCCUGUCGGGCCUCGGGCUGCUGGUCGUCGUCGGGCUUCACCAGCUGAUCGAGUCCAGGAAGAGGAGACGCCCAGCGCCAAAGGUGGAGAUGGGGACCUCCAGCCACAACGACGUGGACCUCAGCUGGAUCCCUCAGGAGACCCUCAACCAGAUCAUGCAGAGUCGCAGAGACAAAGCGUCUCCCAGAA